AUGGCCAACCCAGGUUACCGCCCCUUGGACCGUCUCGCAGUGCACAACAGCAACAAGGGCGGGGUGGUGUACAGCACUCUCCGCACGGCAUUGACGAGAACCAGGUCGCGCAAGGCUCUCGUCGUAGCGUGUGUCUUCGUCAUUUCAUGUCUCCUGUUUCUCGCCCCGUCAUUGAGGGACCCAGAAUCUGAAUGGUCCCUCCAGAAACUACCCUUUCGAUUUAACCGCCCGAUGCAAAAGCAGUCGCAGUGCACUCCCGAUGAAUACAGUGCCGGAGAGUGGAUAUAUCGACCAUACUACACCAGACCUGGUCCAUUGACGAAAACCUACAACUUGACCAGCUCUUCCACAGAUUCGCCCCCGCCUGUCGUUGCAGAGGGAGACCCUGAAGAUCCCAUUUCCGGAUAUGGAACCAAACCGCCCACCGCUUACCUGCAGAACAUGACGAAAUCGGAGGACGUGUUGACCUUUACACGGUUUGAAGCUUGUGCGAGCUCGAGAGAGUAUUGGUGGCAUCUCGCUGCGGAUAGGCCGGAGCAGUUUGACCGAUUCCCUGGCCCGACAGAGUGGGAGUGGGUUCCUGGAGGAAGGUGCAGGGGCAAUCCAGGAUUGAGAGACUGGGAUAGGGAGGAGGUUGUGAGAGAAUUGGUCGAAGGCGGAGGAUGGCUUCUGGUCGGUGAUUCCGUCACAGAAAACCACUUCUUCUCUCUCUCCUGUCUACUCUACCCGCACGUCAUUGGGUAUCCAGAUUACACCAAACUCACGACGAUGUACGACCGGGCGUGGCCUCAGCACCUCUAUCUCAAUCCCACCUCACCUCUCGCCGAAUCACUCGCGUUCCCAAAUGGGUUCAAUAUCUCAUCGACUCCGCUGGUGACUUUCCGCCGCGUCGACCUACUCUGGUCGAAAGACGAUCUCGUCAAGAUGCACAAAGAAAUGCAUCCCGAGUUCUACGAACCUGCUUCUCAUGACACACCUAGCACAUUCCAACUCUUUGGUGAGGAAGCGGUUUGGACGAUCUCACCGCAGGAGUAUUUCGAUAUCUUCACGAAGCCACUACCGGAGGGGAAUUACCGCACGAUGGUGGUCAGCACGGCUGGCCAUUGGACGACCAACCUUUUCCAUGGGUACAAGCGCGAAGGGGAGCCCGAGGUCGGUAGUGAUCCUCAAGGCAAGGCGAAACCCGUCUGGAACUACGACGGCCUGGUCCAGUUCUACCAAGACGUCAUGGGGCGCUGGGUCGUUGAAGCUCAAAAGAUGAUCUCCCAUUCUGCGCCACUUCCCACCUCCUACAGCUCGACAUCGCUGCACCCCGAUCACGACGACAUGAGCGGACGCCUUGGACGGAUCUGGCCGAUCAAAUGGAAGAACGGGGACAAGAAGGAACGAAAGCUGAGAAAUAGGAAGGUCCUCGUCAGAGCAUACCUCCCUGGCCACGAGGACUGUCACAAGAAACGUUCACCGUGGAGGACGAUCCUGCCGUUUGAUUGGAACUGGUGGAAUUGGGCUGAAAUCUGGAGGUUCAAUAAGGUUUUCAUGGACCUUCUCGCGGACCGAGCACGGUAUCCAGAUGUGCAUUAUUUGGGGAUCGACAGACCAGCGAGAUUGAGACCGGACGCGCAUUCAACGGGUGACUGUCUCCACAUUAUGUCGGGGGCUGGCGUCCUCGAGGGCUGGUCCCAUUAUAUUUGGCAUUUUGUUACUCGCGAAGUUUGA